CAUAUUCCGGUCUGAGCUUGUUACCUGACAAACUGGUGGUCCAUGGCUUACUAUAAUGUCGUUGAGGGUUUUUUUUUUAAGGCGGUACUCUAUUAUCGCUUUUUUAGGCUAAGAUAAACAGGUAAAAAAAUCUAGACUUUGACUUUUAGAUUUAACGGAAGAAGGUUUGUUUCCUUGUGUUUUAAGGGAUUUUAUUUUGUUUUCAGGAUAAAUAAGCAGCACAAGCUGUCACAAGCUGUCACAAGCUGUCACUCUAAGUUUGUUUUAGUUAACAAAAACCAUAAUAAGAGAAUCGGCUGAAGCAAGAGAAUAGUGUGGAGCAAGAGAAUCCAGUGAAGCAAUUAAGAGCACUAGAUCGGCACAUUGACUGCGUAGGAGUCACGGAGUUUUCUUUCUGGAUAAAGACAGAAUAAUGGGCACUAUUAACUACAUCAACUUGCCUAAUAGGCAUCUCAAAAAUAAAAUAGCGGACGAGCUGUUUCACCUUGGCAUAUCACUCAAUGACCAGGUACUCGUUGAAAAGUUCGACAAAGUUAAGUUUGUUUUGGUGGGUGGUACCAGAGAACGGAUGGAGACCCUUGCCCGCCAUCUUGCUACCAGUAUUCUGGGACGAGCGGAGGAUGACUUUAGUUUUGACCACUCUUUCCAGAACUCUCGCUACUCUGGUUACUUGGUUGGGCCCAUAUUCUGUGUCAAUCACGGCAUUGGCAAUCCGUCUUUGUCGGUAGCGUUACAUGAGAUCUUUAAAUUACUCUAUCGAGCAAGAUGUAGUGAUGUCACACUGAUAAGAAUUGGAACUUGCGGCGGAAUAGGUGUUGAUGUAGGUACUGUGGUGGUAACAUCUGAAGCUCUGACUGUAGGUUUUGAGCCUUAUUAUAACACGUCCUCAUUGGGUCAGCCACUCAGGCUUCCAACAUCGGCUCAUGUCGACUUGGUAGAGGAUCUACUUCAGUGCAGGGGAGACAACUCUACGUUCCAGGUGGUCAAAGGCAAAACGUAUUGUGCCGAUGACUUUUACCAAGCUCAAGGGAGACUAGACGGGUCAUUCUGUGACUUCGACGAAAAGGGAAAAGAAGAGUUCAUGAACAAAUUACAGAAGCUUGGAGUUGUCAACAUUGAGAUGGAAUCUGCAGGAGUUCUGGGGUUAGCCAACAGAGUUGGGGUCAAAGCUGCCGUCGUGUGUGUUGUGAUAGUGGACAGAAUUACAACGGAUCUUCCUCAACUCAACAAGCAGGAGUUUCAACAAAUCGAGGACCAUCCCAUGCAGCUGAUCACAGCCUAUCUGCAACGACACAUUCACUAGAAAUGACAAAUGUAGCUUAUAGAAACACCUCCCUAGUUCUCCCUUGAAAUAAAUCAACAACUGAGCUCAGAAACAGAGAGAUCUAGUUGCCUAAAUUAGAAACUUUGUGUAGCCAUUUCUUGCGCUGUGAUCAGCUGGCUGUGAUAUAAAACUUGCUUGAUUCUUUUCAAAUAAAAUGUAAUUAUUACUCUUC